ACAACCGGCCAUGACCCCGCGGACAGAGCAGACAGCUGGGCUCAGGUUAUCACCCAAGGGGGCCUCAUGAUAUACAGUGGGUGCACCUAACCCGCAAAUACAAAACUAAGACAUUGGGGGGAAGAGAUGGAGCGUAGCAGUGAAGCAGCUGCAGGACCACCGGUUGGACAACGCAUGCUUUUUACAGGCCCGGGUGGAAUCGGAGACUACCGGCCCAGAUCCAACUAUUUCCCCCGCUCCAUCGGAGUGGGCGCCUCGUCCCCCGAGGCCACAGGCGACCUCAGCUACCUGUGCCAAGCUGCACCCGACGCCCCUCCGCCCACGCCCAAGCACGGCCGCGUGGGGGAGGUGGGCUGGGGCUGGCAGUACAACCGGCUGCUGAACAGCGGGACGCUGCUCAGCAACAUGCAAAUUAAGAGGACUGAGGUGCGGACGGCGCUGGAGGACAGAGUGACUCAGCGGUUCCAGGGCGACCAGUAGGACGCCGUCUGUGACCCUCACGUUGGACACGCCGGGUCCUGGAAGUCGUCCCAAGUGUGUGUUUGUGUGUUGAAUGGAUGAGUGGGAACGGCUCAGGUGGCGCGGUGUUGAGUGACUGCAUUGUUGCUUUUCUGCUUCCCCGCCCACAAUGCAACACUUCCCUUAUUGUGGGAAGAGAGACACACCCGAGACAUUAAUACUGACCUUUAAUACUCUAACAUCUACACACAUUCACAUUCCAUGUACUUCUUAAACAAGAUGUUACAGUACACGUGAGCUCCUGUGGGACUUUAAUCUUCAUCACACAGCAUUUUAGCCUUACUAUUAAGUCGAGGAGAGAAGUUGAAUCUGUUUAUCCUACAAAGAAUAAACCUUGUUACUAUGUCGACUCUCCUAAAUCUUCCUAGAAUUGCUCUCAUUUGAAUGGCUCAAUCGAGGCUCUGGGUGCUUCUCCUACCCGUAAAAAACAUGCGUUGUCCAACCUGCGGUCCUGCAGCUGCUUCGCUGUUACGCUCCAUCUCUUCCCCCCAAUGUCACGCUGUUACUAUGACGACCUGACAAAAGUCGCCCCACUAGUGGUGAGCAUGCAGGAAAAGCCUAAAUAAAUGAGUGGGGACAGAAAACACACGCAGGUUCCUGCAUGUGGGGCACUGGACUGUUUUGGGAGCAUCAAGAUUAAUGUAAGUUACUCACCCGUCUGAACACCAAUGGGACAUUUUGGAGAAACAUUUCAGACCAAAAUACUGAAAGAGACGACAUUUUUGCUUCAACAUACCAACAAAUAUUUCAAUAAUAAGAGGAGAUAAUGCAAAGUGAAUACGUGAGCGGGGAACACGGCUCAGCUGUCGGAAUCGGAAUCGGGGAAGAAAACAAAAAGCAAAUCUACUUUUAAGGAGAAUUUGAUGACGUUCCACAUGAUAUGCACACACCGAAAGCAACUUGUCGAAAUGCAACGUGCACAACGCGGCAGAUCCCACGCAGGAGGGCAGGGAAGACCAGGUCCAGAGGUACCGGUCCCUGUUUGGACAAAGCUACUGAUCUCUCCUAUGCAAGAGGAACCACAUGCAUUACAACAGCACAUGUGACUCCGGCUGUUUCACACAAGCUGUACACCCUGGAAGCAUGCAGAGGCACACACAGCCGCUAAACCACCGACAACCAGCGGCUCCACGCAGACAUCAGUCGAAGCCUAAAGAGGCGUCUGAUCGGUGUGAUCAAGGCCGACAUACUGGGACGCGGCAGCGAUGCCCUUCUGGGUUUGGCUUGUUGGCAAAGUGGGAGGUUUAGUCGGCUUAUCGGGACGCGUUCAGUGGUAAACAGAGGGCCUGGAGCAGAGCCGGCGUGCGUCGCCAGUGUGAGCAUCCAUUGUUGGAAAGACAAUCGGACCACUGCGAGAAUAAAAUUGCCCAAAAAGUUGUAAAAGAUUUUUUAUCACAAUAACUAAUUAUAUGGGACCGUUAGAAUUAUUUUAAAUAAUAACACUUUAAGAACAAAUUCAAACCCAUUAGUUAAUUCUCAAACCAGGUGUUACCCUUUGGAUAUGAAAGACAUUGACACAAUAUUAAAUAAAUGACAAGUCGAAA